AUGAAAAUCCAGAGUGGGUGGACGUACUUCCAACCGUCUUACUGGGGCUACAACUGGGGAACAAGCUUAAAAGAAGAUAUCGGAGCUGCUGCAGCAGAACUUACAUACGGAACAACGCUUCGCAUCCCAGGCGAGUUCUUUUUAGACGAAGAAAUGCCAUCGAAUCCUCAAACGAUCAUAGAAAAAUUCCGUGAGCACAUGCGGAGAAUACGCUCAUCACCGGCAGCGCAUCAUAGUAAGAGCAAGAUCUUUGCACAUAAAACUUUAUUUUCUUGUACGCAUGCGUUUGUAAGAUCCGACGCUACCAAAAAGCCAUUAAAAGCACCAUACGAAGGACCCUUUGAAAUCCUAGACCGUCCUUCAGACAGAAUUUUCACUUUGAAAAUAAAAGGGGAAGCCCAAAACAUCUCUACGGAAAGAUUAAAACCUGUAUUCUUUGAAAAACAGGAAACGCAAGAAGCAACAUCGCCUAGCUCAUCACAAGAUCUACGAACAUAUCCAUCAGCAAAAAAGAAGACUCAACACGUUACUUUCAAGGAUACUUGA